AUGGCGCUGGCAGCGGCUGCGGCGGCUGCGGCAGCAGGAGUGAGCCAGGCGGCCGUGCUGGGCUUCCUGCAGGAGUGCGGGGGUAAGGUGCGCAACUCGGAGCUCGUGAGCCGCUUCAAGCCUCUGCUGGACGCGGGGGACCCGGGCGGCCGGGCUGCUCGCAGGAAAUGUUUCAAGCAAUUAGUCAACGACGUGGCGGUAGUCAAAGAGCUGGACGGAGUCAAGUUCGUGGUGCUGCGCAAGAAGCCGCGCACCUCCUGCGCUCCACCGCCCGCGCCCCCGACGCAGCCCGAAGCCGCUGGGGACCGGCUCCCCAGGGACCCGCCGACCUCCGCGGCCCAGGAGCUGGCAGCGGACCCUCUGGCUGAGCCGCCGCUGCAAGCGUCCUCCGAUCCAGCUGCUGCCCAGGAGCACGCGUCUCCGUCCCCGCCGUCGUUGGAGCUGCCCCCGUCCCCGCCGUCGUUGGAGCUGCCUCCAUCCCCGCCGUCAGAGGAGCUGCCCCCGUCCCCAGACCUGGAAGAAGGAGCCACUGCCGCCGCCCCCACCCCAACUCCAGCCCUGCCGUCCAGGCACACGCCCGCGGCCCCUCCACAGAAGCCCUGCAUGCUGCCUGUCCGCUGCAUCCCGUCGGUGAUCCGCGUCCGGGCUGAGGAGCAGGGCCUGCGGCGGCAGCUGUCGGAAGAGCCGGCGGUGGCAGCGUCGUCCCUGCUGCUCGUGCCCGGGGACUCCCCGCGGCUGCGGCGGCGGCUCUCCGUGGAGGAGCCGGGCCUGGGUCUCGCACUGGGGGGCGGCCGGUCCCCUCACCUCCGGCGCCUGUCCAGGGCCGGCCCGCGCCUGCUAAGCCCCGAGGUCGAGGAGCUGCCUUCCGCCGUCCCCCAGCCGCCGCCCACCGUGCCCUUGGAGCCAGCCGAGCACGAGUGGUUGGUGAGAGCGGCCGGUGGCCGCUGGACUCACCAGCUUCACGGACUGCUGCUGCGGGAUCGGAGCCUGGCGGCCAAGCGCGACUUCAUGUCCGGAUUCACGGCCCUGCACUGGGCAGCCAAGAGCGGCGACCGCGAGAUGGUGCUGCAGCUGGUGGAAGUGGCGCGCCGCGGGGGGUCGCCCGUCGACGUGAACGCCCGCUCGCACGGCGGCUACACCCCGCUGCACCUGGCGGCCCUUCACGGCCACGAGGACGCGGCCGUCCUGCUGGUGGAGCGCCUCGGCGCGCAGGUGCUGGUCCGAGACCACAGCGGACGGCGCGCCUACCAGUACCUGCGGCCCGGCGCCUCGUAUGCGCUGCGUCUGUUGCUGGGCGACCCCGCCCUCCGCGGCCCGGCCGAGCACAACGGCCGGGCCAAGCGGCCGGUGCAGGUGGCCGCAUCCAUUCUCAGCUCCACCACCAGCGCCUUCCUGGGCGUGCUGGCCGACGACCUGAUGCUGCAGGACCUGGCCCGCGGCAUCAGGAAGUCUGGCUCCUUCAGUAAGUUCCUGGGGGCCUCCCCCAUGGCGCCCCGAAAGAAGGCCAAAGCCAGACCGGGCCUCCCGGCCUUCCCUUCUGCUUCCACCCAGGCCUCCAUCGUGGGGUCCAAGCGCCGGCCAGGCACUGACCUCUUCCAGAGCCAUUAGCCCUGCGUUGUGUCACAAUCGCAGGUCUGGCCACCACUGUCCGGCCUGCCACCCCAUGGCAUACAUACCUGGUCCCCACUGCCCAGUCUCACCUUCUCCCACGCACAUCCCCCAAUCUAGACCUCCCUAGGGUGCUGGGGGGGUGCCAUCAAUUCAUGCCUGAAUCUCCUGCGAGUGUCAGAUCCUCAGAGAAUUCACAAAUCAUUCAGAAAUUCAAUUCACAUUUAUAACUGUUAAACCCUGGGUACUAAGGGUGAAAGGUUAAAAAGGGCAACAGCUGGUCUGGUCCCUUAACUGAAUAACUUCAGUGUUUGUUGGUACUCUAUAUGCGGUACUCCUAGGCCAAAGGCAAUGACAUGGUAUAAACUUUUUGGGGUCAGUCCAUGUCAUCUGGCCCUGUGAGGUGUUAUGAGUUGGCGAUUCAGUUGUAUUUUGUUCUUAAAUGAAGAGAAGAAUCUGUAUUUUAUAAUGGUC